AUGCCGACUGCUGGCUGGGUGAAAAUGACGGAGAAGGAGCGGGCCUUGGCCCGGCGGUGGUACGACGAGGGGAAGUCGCCGUCAACCAUUGCGGAGUUGCUGGGCCGCGACGCGUCCACCCUGACACGACUGCUAUGCAAGCAGGAGGCAGCCAAAAAGCAGGGUCGACCCUGUGCUUUGAGCAAGGCCCAGGUAGAUUAUCUUGAGCGGAAGCUGGAUCAAAUUAUCGUGAAGGCGGACGGCCAGAAGAUGAUCACGGUGGAGGCUUUGCAGAAAGCAACCAAAACAAAAGCUGGCACGCAAACCAUCCUGAAAGCUCUCCACGACCGCGACAUCUACUUUCGCAAGUUGCGCGAGAAGCCUGUGCUCACCCCAGCCGACGUCAAAGCCCGCAAGACGUUUGCCAGCACCUAUCGGCAUAAGUCGCGUGCAUGGUGGCUGCAGCAAGUGCACGCCUUCAUCGACGGCAAGUACUUCCAGGUAUACUUGACUGGAGCCGAGCGUGCCAGGGCAGCGAAGCACAACACUUUCGGCGCCUAUCGACGCCCCGGAAAGGGCCUCUGUGCCGGCUACGUCAAGCCAAAGAAGGGUGGCCUCAAGCACUACACAGGGGUGAAGGGUGUGCUGUUGCAAGUCGGCAUUGGUGGCGGCAAAGUUGUGACCGUGCACGAGGUGACCGGCCGCUGGAGUGGGCAGGCGGCCGUCACCUUUUAUGAAGCUCUCGGUCGUGGGCUGGCCAAGGCAUGGCCGGGCAAGCGCAAGUAUAGGAUCCUGGAGGACAAUGAUCCGACGGGAUACAAAUCGGCGAAAGGUCAGGCAGCGAAAGUGCAGGGGAACAUGGACGUGUUGGAGAUCCCCAAGCGAAGCCCGGACCUCUCCUUACUAGACUUUGCAGUCUGGAAGGAGGUGAACCGGCGCUUGCGCAGUCAAGAGAAAGCCUGGCCGAAAUCCAGACGCGAGACACGCCCGAACUAUAUCCGCCGUUUGAAGCGCACCAUCCGGAACUUGCCCAAGGAGUUUUUGGAGAACAGCAUUGGAGACAUGGUCCGCCGCUGUCAAAGGCUCCAAGAAGCCAAGGGGAACUUUAUCGAGGAGGGCGGCCACGGACGGUGA